UCGUGAAACGGCUUCAUUAGCGAUUCGCCAAGGGGCUUGUUCACAGAGAUUGUCUCUGAGAGCGAGUCCUGACCCCGCAGAGCGUUGGUCUCUGCGAGCAAGGAGUCCUGAACUCGCAGAGCGUUGGUCUCUGCAGCGUGUACUGAAUGUCGUUUGAAGUUUUGAUGAGGCAUUGUCUCAUCUGUGACAUCAUCCAUUCAAAAUGGCGGCUGAAUUGCCGAAGAAGACAUCAACACCUCGUCUUUUGUCCAGGGAAAUGCUGAAAUCUUUUAGUCUGCUUCCCUCUAAGUUCCUGAGGGAGAAGUUUCUCAGCACAAAGAAGGAGGCCAGUCCUGGGAAGAGUAUUCUGCCCAGAAUUGGCCCAUUUCUAGACAGGAGCGAGACUCGUCGAAAGUCGUCAACAGGUGCCCUGAAACCGAGCUUGUUUGAGGUUUCCCCACCAGAGAUGGUAUUUGAGAACAUUGUCGCUCAUGAGGUUUAUGAGAUGGCGCUGUCUCUCAUGAAUAAGGACAAGUUUCCUCAGGUGGUGAAGGUCUCCAUGGAGAGCUCACCUUACUUCCAGCUCAUGAGCUCCAACAACGCGUACCGUGUCGUGCUGCCGGGCGCCUCUGUCCCUGUGCGUGUCCGCUUCACCCCUGACGAGAGCAAGGAUUAUUCCCACGAGUUCGUCUGCGUCACUGCAAGGGAAAGGAUCGUUGUGCCAAUUGUGGCCAUUGGUGCCCGAGCUGUGCUGGACGUCCCUGCCCAGCUGGACUUCUCCAAGUGUCCAGUCAAGCACAGCACCCAGCAGACUCUGCUGGUGCGCAAUGUCGGUAACCUGAAAGCUCGGUACCAGCUGAGCACGCAGAGUCCUUUCUCCGUGGUGCCAGCCACAGGAACUCUGGGCGCUGGUGAAACCCUGCAGGUGACAGUGACAUUUCACCCGCUGACCAAGGGUGACCAUUGCAGCCUCCUGAGCUGCAGCACAGGUGAAGAAAGAAUCCACACAAAGCUCUAUGGAGAAGCUGUAGAUGUCAACGUUGGGCUGAGCACAAAUAUCGUGCACGUUGACACCACCUACAUCACCACAUCUACCCACAGAACCGUGUUCAUUGAAAACAGGAGUAACAUCACAGCCCACUUCCAGUGGAAGGCUUUUCCUACUGAGGAACGUGAGAAUGAAGUGAAGAGGAGGCGGCGCAGUUUGCUGCACUCACCGAGCCAGGUGAGGCUGGAAAAAUUCACAGAGGAGAAAAAAUCAGAGGAGGAGAAAGGUGAAGAUGGCGCUGCCCUCCUGACCAGCAUGGCCCAGGAGAAGAUGGCAGAGGUGCAAGAAGACUCCAUGAUGUUCUCCGAUGACAUUUUUUUCAUUGAGCCAAUGGAGGGAGAAAUCGGGCCAAAUUGUUCGGCCGGAAUCAGAGUGACCUUUAAACCCCUGGACGUACUGGGGUACCAAAGUACGGCUUACCUCAGCAUCUCAGGCCGUGAGAGCAGGCUGCCCCUGCGCCUCAGAGGGGAAGGCCAAGGACCCUUGGUCGAAUUCAGCUCUCAUACACUGAACAUUGGGAGUGUUUUUGUCAACUCUUCCCACAUCCAUGAGGUGGAACUGAUUAAUGAAGGAGCUCUUGAUGCUCCCUUCAUCUAUAUCCCUUCAACCACCAACGUGGGCUCCUGCUUCAAGUUUGAGCCCGAGGAGGGGAUCAUUGCAGCAGGUGGGAACCAGACUAUUCAGAUCGCCUUCAGUGCCACCGUGCUGGGGAGCUUUGCGGAGGAGGUCCAGUUCAGUGUGGCUGGAUCUCCUAUGCCUGCCAUCCUGACCAUCAAGGGCAGCGUCACCGUGCCCAGCUUAGAGUUCGAUGUCGAUGAGAUCAACUUCGGUGAGAUCUCCUUUGGCUUUCCCCACACGCAGUGCUGCCGCCUCACCAACAGCUCCCCGGUGCCCGUGACGUUCCAGCUCCGCAUGUCGGACGAUGGCACGCAGCCGGCUGUGGACAGCCUGGAUCAGAUCCGCAGAGAAGGUGACCCAUCCUGGAGGAACGGAAUUCAUUUCUAUCUGGAGCCCAAGGAGUUCACCAUCAAUCCCAGCCAAGGCACCAUCCUCCCCCAGGGACACCAGGACAUCGAGGUGACCCUGUGUUCCAACAGCGUGAUGGAUUUCUACCGGAGAAUGCUGGUGGACCUGGAGGGUUUUGGCAAGGGAGUGACAGCACUGGUCAUCACAGCCAGGUGUCUCGUUCCUGAGCUGCGAGUGUACCCUGAAAUCCUGCUGUAUGAUGAGUGCUACCUGAAUGUGCCGUACGAGAGGAAGUUCCUCAUUGCAAAUGACACCGACUUUCCUGGCUGCUACGGGCUUAUUCCCCAGGAACGCAAGGAGGACUCUCCUGUGCUCUACAGCAGCCCCAAGCCCUGUGGGAUCGUCCAGCCUCACAGCUUUGCCGAGGUCCCGGUUAUAAUCAAAGUCCAAACACUGGACAAGCAUCGCACCGACAUUCUCAUCGGCGUGUUCGGGGAUGAGAGAAACCCCCUGAGACCAGAAUUACGGAGCACUGGACAGCUGGCACAAAUCUACCCAAGUCCCAGGCUGAUAGAGUUUGGCAAGAUCCCAGCACUACAGCCUACUUCACGAAGUCUUACCCUCUUCAACAAAGGUCAUGUCCCUACAGACUUCAGGAUGGAGGUUGUUCGCAAACGCCACUGCUGUACCGUUGAACCCAGCGAAGGAGUGAUCCCUGCUGGGGGUGAGGUGCCUGUGACUGUCACAGCAACCCUGGAUGACAGGGGGCUUUUUUCUGUCCCUGUCCGGGUGUUCAUUGGGAGCAGCCUUAGCACCGCCUUCGGGCUGGUGGCUUUGGGCACUGGCACCACAAUUGUCAUAGACAAGCCAUUCAGCCCAGAGCUCAACCUGGGAUACCAAUUCAGCCUGGUGCCCUGUAUUCGUCAGUUCAAAGUAACAAACAGGGGCCACCAUUUCCAUCGGCUCUUCUGGAGUGUGGAAUGCUACAGCCCAUCUGAGCAGGAGGGCCAGAGUGUCUCAGCCCUCAGCAGCCCCAAGGAUGAUUCCCAGAGCCCCAAACGUGCCGAGCCUUUGUUUGGGCUGGAGCCGCUGUCGAUGGACCUGCAGCCAGGCCGCUCUGAGGACAUGGUGCUGCGAGGCUUCUCCAGCAUCGCACAGAGCCUGUGGUGGGUGGCGGGUGCUGAGCCAGUGGAGGGCAUUUGCCGGAUGCUCUGCCACCACCCACUGGUGACAAGUGACUCUCGCACGCAGGAGGUGCAGGAUUAUGUGAUGUGUGAAGCUGUCAGUAUGGCAACCGGCAGGACUGAGAAGAUAAUGGAGACAGUCAUUACCUGCAAGUUUAUUCACCCUUCUAUAGAACUGUCAGCCAGACACUUCUCUUUCCAGGUGACCAAGAAACCCAGUGAUGUCCUGAGGCUGCACUACCAGCCUUUGGCCAUAAAAAACACCUGCCUGCUGCCACUGGACCUUAUGCUGGGCUUGGAGCAGCCAUUCCUGGUCUGUGAUAAGGAGAAGCAGCCCCUCCCAGUUGGCCAGCCUGUGAGAGUGGGUGUAGGGGAGACCUGCCAUCUCUACAUCGCAUUCGACCCAGCUUAUAAACUGGAUUUUAAGAGCUGGAAAACAGAGAAGCUUCUGAAGAUAGACAUGGUCAGGGGCCAUCCUCUUGUGGAGCGUAUCAUCCUUCGGGGAGAAGUGCACUUCCCAAAUCUCCAAAUGCAGUCCAGAUCCCUGGAGUUUGGCUGCAUUGUGGCUGGCACUGAAGAAGUGCGUUCUCUGAAGAUAACCAACUGCAGCCCACUGCCUGUCCAGUACCACUGGUCAUUCCAUUCCAAGAGCCAGGUUUACAGGUUGAGCCAUUUCAACACCAUCUCCUAUGUCACGGCGCUGUGCUACGUGGAGGGAGGCCCCACCUACGAGGUGAUGCUGACUGGCGAGGCCUCAUGCAUCAGCUACUCCGUGAGCCCCCGGGAGACCUACUGUGGCUCUCAGCUGUUUAAUGAAAUUCAUCACAGCAAUGUCACCCUGGAGAACACCGGCAAGAUGGAAUUCAGCUGGGUGCUAAACCCUAGCCCUGCAGACCAGCGUCUGCCUGGUGUGUUUCUGGUCAACCCCACCACUGGCUCCAUUGCACCUGGUGAGAAGCAAGUGCUGGAAUUCUCUUACAUGCCAGGAUUACCAGGAGCCUUCAGCAGGACUUACCAUCUUAAAGUGGGUGACCUGGAACCAGAAAAUAUCUUCCUGAAAGGAGAAGCAUCCUUUCCCAUGAUCACUUUGAACCUGCCCUGGACCAUCAAAGGAGAUGAAACACAUGAGAAGUCUCUGACACAGCCCGUAAAACCGCUGCAACAACACAGUCAGAGGAGUAAAUCAGGUGCUCGGAAGAAGACUCAGAGCCUGAAGACUGAGACCUUGAAGUCUCAGACCGCAGAAGCUCAGACUCCAAAGAGUCUGAUUCCGAAGACUCGGGACCUGCAGCCCAGCGUGCUUGCCUCUGGCACUGCAACAAACACUCAGUUGCAGUUAAACAUGGUGAGGAACCUGGUAGUGAAGGCUGCUGUGGAGCUGCAGGAACAGUUCAUGUCCCUACCCCCGACGAGCAGCUUCCCUGACAAGGAGCUGUGCCAGAGCCUUGUCAAAGUUGAGGUGCCCGAGUAUGUCCUGGACAUGGGCACUGUCCGUAAGGGUUUCACUGAGAGAAGCACUCUGGAGAUCACCAACCAUGGGCAGAUCCCAGUGUCCUUCCAGAUCCAUGUAUCUGUCCUGGAGAACACAGGUUUCAGCGUGGACCUGGACACGGUGGAGGGCCUGCCCCACAGCUACAUCAAGACAUUUGACGUGCGCUUUGAAAGUGCCCGGCGGCCACGGGGUGACGUGGAUGUGGUGCUGCCCAUAGAGGUGACAAAAGGCCCCACAUAUAACAUCCGUCUUCAUGCCACUGUGUCUGAGCUGUCAAUCGAACUUUCCAAGAACAUUGUGCACUACUCUGCUGUCGUUGUUGGGCAGUACAAGGUUGAGACAGUCCACCUCUACAACUGGUUCCGAGUACCCUGCAAAUGGUCCAUCAAGCCUGUUCAGAAGACCAAUCACUGCAAAUACAUGACACCAGCUGUUCGUCAGAAGCAGCAGGCGCUGGAGUAUGAGCCCUGUCCCUUUGAAGUGAAGCCCUCCAAAGGAACCCUUGAUCCAGGAAGGUGCCAGAAUCUGAAAAUCAAAUUUACACCCAAGGAGGAGAGGUCUUACAGUAAUGAGCUGGAGCUUAACAUUUUUGGGAGCAGCAAUCACUUCAAGCUGUACCUCUCAGGACAAGGUCUGGAGCCACGGCUGGAGUUCAGCCCCCCAGAACUAGAGAUGGGAUGGAUGCUGGUGGACAGUGAUGGGAUGGAGGCCACAGUGGUGGUGAAGAACCCAUGCAACUUCCCCAUUGAGUUUUACGCCCUGGAUUUUGAUGAGCAGUACCUUGAGAAGAAGAUCCUGCGGAUGGCAGAGGAGUCUGAGGAUCAUGAAGCACAGAAGUGGCUGAAGGCAGAGCUCAAGGCCAGGGCUGAGGCUGAGGCCAAGGCCAUGGGCAAGGCAGCGGCAGCACGUCACAGAGCUAUCACCUUCCAUCCUGAGUCCGUGGCGAAAGUGGCUGGGAUUCCUUUCUCUCGGGCUGUCCUGCGCCACCCGGGCACUGCCCCGUCCUCAUGGAGGCGCGAGGCGCAGCCCCACCGAGGGAUUGUUGUCAUCGUCCAUGGGCCGCCGCGGGCAGGAAAGACAGAGAUAGCAGCAGGCCUGUGUCAGUAUUAUGGCGCUGCUCACAUGUCCAUUGACACCGUGGUGAAAGAGGCCAUGGCCAACAACCAGAGCCCAGCGGGGCUCCGUGCCCGGCUGCUCUGCACCCAGGCUGCCCUGGAGCAAAAAGGUAAAAAGCUCACUGCUCAGAGCAAGAAUAAAGAAGCCGCUGAGGAAAACAUCUACAAGAAGUAUGCCAAAGGCAAGAACCUUCCAGCACAAAAGAAGGAGCCAGCCAAGGUAAAGGGCACCAAGUUCACAGUUUCCACUGCUCCUGCGCCCCAGCAGCUGAGCAUCGUCAGCAGUCGUGGGGAAAAGCUGAACUGCUUGAGCUGUGUGCUGCCCGAGGAGCUGCUGGUGGACAUCCUCAGUGAGAGGCUGCAGCGUAAAGACUGCUACAAGGGAGUGGUCUUUGAUGGCUUGGAGAGCCUCUUUGCAAGCAGCCUGGAAUCUUCUCUGCUCUGUGUACUCAGAGCUGUCAAGAACUGUCAUCAUAUCUACGUGGUGAACCUGCAGCAGGAUUAUGCUUCUUGGAAAGCCAAGAACAAAGCUGAAAGAAAGAAGAAGGAAGCUCAAAGAGAGAAGGAAGUGGAUGAGGAUGAGUAUGAUGCCCUCCCUGAGGAGAAGAAAGCAGAAGUGGAUAAAAUAUUACAGGAAAGGAAGAGAACACAGACGAAGGGGGAGCUGAAGCAGCCAGCUCAAAAGCUUGAGGAGGAGGCAAAAGCCUUAGAGGAGGAAAAGAGGCAGAAGGAGGAAGAGAAGCCAAAGAAGGAAAAGAAAGUCUCCUUCGGGAAUCAGCCUGCAAAACCAGAGAAGAAGGAAACCAAAGCCCCAGAGAAGGGGGCACCCAAAGCCCCACAGAAGAGGGGAACCAAAGCCCCACAGAAGAGGGGAACUAAAGCCUCUGGGAAGGGGAAAACCAAAGUCCCCAAGGACCCAGCUGAGAUCUUGAUCCUGAGGUUUCAGAUCUAUGAGUCAUCACAGCAGGACAUGGCAAAGGUUUUCUCCUACUGGGACAGGGCUCAGGGUACCGUGCAGUUGCCCGUGAUCCAAAAGGGAAACAAGUCCCAGCCUGCAGCUGGAAACAAAGGUUGGAAGACCAGUAAGCCUCAGGAGAAGGUGAAGAAGCAGCCUAAACCAAAACAUGAAGGCCAAAGGAGUCUUCAGUCAUCUCAGCUGAGGACACAAAGCAAAGUUGCAGAAGGGGCAGUCAGAGACAAGCAUGUCGGGGUGCCGUGCUUGGACAUCCAGGUCACAGAUCCGAAGGCCAUGAUUGGGGAGAUCCUGGGGGAUGGGAAGCUGCCAACAGAAGACCAGCUGCUGAAACAUCUGGGACUGCAUCCUGACGGCGCUCCCCUUGCCCCUGGUGCUGCGCUCUCCACAGUCGAGUACCCAGAGGCCAAGGCCCCAGAUGCAAAGGGCAGUUCUGCUGAGAGGCAGCCAAAGAGGGGUAAAGUGGUCAGCAGUGUCAGGUCUGCAAAGGAGAAGCAGAUCUCCACACAGAGAACAGAAAGCUCCCAGGAUUCCUCUGUAACAAGAUCCCAAAGUCCUUUGAAAGUGCUGGAAAGAGCCUCAACCCCUGCAGCAUUCCUCAGGCUGAAACGGUACCGGUGGAAAGUGCCUGCCCACGGUGAGGUGGAACUGAAGGUCAACUUCUUCACCAAAAAGCCAGGGAAGUUUGAGCAGACAAUGAAGUUUGAGAUCGUGCUGUCAAAGCGCCAGUACGAGCUGCCCUGCAGUGUCACCGGCCUGUACCCCAGCAUCAUCCAGAACCCACGGCUGGUGUUUCCACACUGGAGGGAGACCAUGGAGGAGGAUGAAGUCAUCUUCAAAGAAUAUGUUGAGAGCACAAAGCAAUUCCACUUUGGACCGCUGCUGUGUGGGAAGUCAAGAGAGUGGUACGAGGCCCAGAACUGUCCCGGCAACUCAGAGAAGCUAACCAUCCUCAACAACUCCCCCAUGGUCAUAGAGGUCCACUUCUCUUUUGAGAAAGAUUGGAAAACAAGGACCUUCGUUGCGGACCCUCGCCGCAUGACCCUGAAACCAAAGGAGAGGAAGGAGCUGACCAUUUGGGCAUACCCCACCUCCCCUGGCUUCCUGGAAGACAAGCUCAUCUGCAGCAUUAGGAAGAACCCGGAGCCAGUGGUCUUCAGCCUGUGCUGCCAUGGGGUGGACAUGAAGCUGGAGGUCAGCCCCCUGCAGCUGUCUUUUGACAAGCUGCUUCUGCACAGGGCUGACAGCAGGACCUUGGUCCUGAAAAACAACACCCUACUGCCCAUGGCCUGGCAGCUCCGUGGGCUGGGUGGCCUUGUUGAGGACUUCUCCUUGUCACAAGAUAAUGGCAUCCUUGAUCCCCACUCAGAGUUUCAAGUGACACUGCAUUUCAAGGCUGAGCGCAUUGGCAGCAUUGAGAAGAUCCUGCGACUAGAGGUUUCAGAUACAGAAAACAUCCUGGGGAAUUUUCAGGCUGAAAACAUCAAAAUCUCUGCAGAGGUCUAUGAAGUUUCUCUGAGCAUUGACAUGCCUGAAGGUGCAGAUGGAAGCUUGGAAUUUGGAACCAUUAAUGUCCUGGAUAAAGUGAAGAAAGUCUUGAGUCUACAGAACAAAGGGGUAUACAACAUUGAGUACAGUUUCACGCUGAAGGGUGCAGGUCCCAAGAUGCAAGACUUGACAUCCCACUUCACUGUUGAGCCUCAGUCAGGCGUGCUGAUUGCAUCCCGGCCUGGUGAGAAGGUUGAGAUGCUCUUCCACCCCACCAGUGAAAUGGUCCUCAAGAACAAUCCCAUCCUGUACUGCCAGGUGGCAGAUGCCAGCCCAGGUCGAGGACGCCCGGCUGUUGCCAACAUCCCAGUGAGGGUGUCGGCCGAAGCGGAGUACAGCAAGUACAGCAUUGUGCCUGCCUCACCCACGGACUUCGGAGCCAUGAUCGUGGGCACCAGGAAGACCCGGAGUGUUGUGCUGAAGAACAUAGGCAUGGCCAAUUUCCAGUUCUGCAUCCGCCAAACACCCAUGCUUGCAUGUGCGUUGGAAAGCAAAAGUUCAAAGCAAAGGAAAUCUGCUCCAUCAGCUACAAAGCGCUCGACAGGAAAGGAAUCAAGCUUCUCAACACCGGUGGGUAACUCCUGCUGCCCAGCAGUGCUGCUGCAGGGGAUAGGGGAGCAGGUCCUGUGUUUGAGUCACCUCAAUCUUGGCGCGUUCACGGUAUCCCCCUGCUGUGGCUCCAUCCGUCCAUGUGGCCUGCAGGUGAUCAAAGUGGAGUGCCUCGCAGGGCAGGAGGGGACGUGUGAGCAGCAGCUCUACAUCGACAUCAUGGGCAGAGACCCCAAGGACAACCCCCUCGGCAUUCCCUUCACCCUGGUUGUCGAGUCCUGCCUCCCAGCACUCGUUCAGGAUGUCACGUCAGUCUUCAAGGACUACCCGAUCUGCAGCAGCACCGACCUUGAGUACAAGCUGCAGUCGCUGGAAGGCAUGGGCCUGUUCGUCAGAGAUGAGAACAGAUUCGUUUUCAACAAGGUUCUGGUUGGGCAGGAGGCAGAAGCUCAUUUCAGAAUUUGCAAUGCAGGCCGUCUGCCAUGUGACGUGGCCCUCUCCAUCCUGCCUGGAGAGGAACAAAUCCCUAUCAACAAUAUUUUCAAUCUGGAUCCUAUCAAGAUGUCCAUUCGUGGCUCAUCCUCUGCCAUUGCUACGGUGACCUUCACCCCGCCAGACAAGCAGAGCUACGACUGCACCUUCAAGGCUUCCCUUGUCAUCCCCAAAGGCUCUGUGGAAAUUCAACCCCAAAUCCUGACCUUCACCAUCAGUGGGAAGGGGCAGGAGCUGCCGGUGACAGUUGUGCGCCCAAAUGUUCGCAGCAAGAGGGGAACGGCCGUGCUGCGCUUCAAGAGGCUCCAGCUGGAGCAUUCAGAGAUGCUCCCCCUGGUCCUCCGUAACAGUGGCACCAAAUCUGUCAAGUUUAUGUUACAGCUGGAGGAUGAGCACGGAGCGUUCUCCUUGAAAGGCAGGGCCUUCACAUUCAAGACAGUCCUCACUGGAGAUAUGGAAGAGGACUCCGUCAGAAACGAGACCAAGCCCCCAAAGCAGACUUUCAUCCUUCUGCGUCAUGGGCAAUCGGCACAGUUUAAGGUCAUUUUCAAACCCACCCUGGCUCAACGUGUGGAAGGGAAGAUUGCUCUGGUAGUGGGGGACAUCUGCAUGACCCUGGUUGAGCUGGUGGGUGAAGGCCACAACGACGAAUUCACCCUCGAUGGAUUAAAGGAAGACACCCAGGAGAGGAAUGCUAAGAGCAGUCUGAGGAAAGACAUCAUUGAUGCUGUCAGAGUGAACCACAUCGAGUUUGGGCACUGUCCUGUCGGGAAGCGCUGCCGCAGGACCUUCACCAUCACCAACCGCACCCUUACGCAGGCCAUGCGCUUUGAGUGGGAUGCAGACGCCCCAUUCCAGUUCUCCCCCAAGGUGGGACACCUCCAUCCUGGCUGUGCCAAGGGCAUCACAGUGAUCUUGAGAUCAGAUGUCCCAGUCACCUUCAGAAGGCACCUUGUGAAAUGUAAGGUGACCAAGAUCAACUUUGAGCUGCCACCAAGGAAGGUUCUAGACUGGGACGACCAAAUGCGCACUGUGACGUUGAGGGAUACCACGUGGAAAGACCCAGCAGCCAGGUGGCCUAAAAAAGAGAAGGUGGUUGAGCCAGUCCUGGAACCAGCUCACACUGUGGUGGAGGAGAGCAGCCAGGAGGCUGAGGUGUACCUCAGUGCUGUUGUUGCCCACGCCCAGUUCAAACUGAGCACAACCGUGGUUGAGUUCAAGGAUACCUUGCCCUUCCAGACAAGGACAGCCUUUUUCAGGCUAUACAACACAGGGAAGAUAGCCCUGGAAUACUCCUGGGAGGAAGCUGGAGAUAGUGAAGCAGCGAUGAGGAGUGCUCUGGCACGUAAUUUCCUCUCCUCUGAAACUUUAAGGCGUUGCAGAAACCUGCUGCAUCGUUUUGGGUGGCAGCAGGACCAUGAAACUCAGGCUUUUGAGCUGCAGCUGCUGCAGCGGCUGGCCAAGCACCUGCAGGAUUCCAAGAGGCAGCAGUUUGAAGAGCAGGACCAUCCCAAGAAGCUGCGCAACUCAAAGCGCGUUGGUUCCGCCCUGGAAAUCUUCCCAGACGCCAUCUAUGACCUGCCACUGUUCUCCAUCAAGCCCUACCACGGCAUCAUCACUCCUGGCCAGAAGCAGGCCUUUCAAGUGCAGUUCUCCCCAAAGUGCGCGGGGAUGUUCCAGACCACCCUGCUGUGCAGAAUUUCUAACCUGAAUCCAACUGAGAAGAUGAGGCAGGUGACUGUGAAAGGCAGAGCCUUGGAGCAGAAGAUUCUUGGUAGGGCAGACGGAGAAAGGCCAGGGAGCCAAGGAUCAGGUGCCCUGGAAACCAGCACCUGAGGGCCAGCAUUUGUGUCAGCUGGAGCUCCUGCAGGAGGCAGCAACAUCGUGCCUUCUGCUGCUGCUGGUCUCCCACCCUCCACCAGAGACCUCUGCAGCUACCCUUCCGAGCUCCAGUGAAGACCUCUAGCCAACCUUUCAUCACCUACAUAACUGUUUAUUAGAUUGAUAAUAAUUCAUUUUCGACAAUUAAUUGUUAAUAAACAAUUGUUAAUACAUGAUUAACCGUCAGCUUGUCUUGGUUGGAAAGACAGGUGUCUGCGGGACCUCUCUGGAAUGGAAAAUGUGACCUCCUCCUCUCCAAAUUAUUAUAACUUUGAAAUUAAGGGGCUUUCAGGCAAAGAUAUGGGAGAAGUUCUUUGCCAGUAUGUACAACAAGGCAAACAAACAACAACGCUGGCAGCAACAACAAACAGAAGCAGAUACCCAACCACAGCCUUCCUUCGGCUGCAGGCACUUUCCCUUUGCUGUAGUUCCAGUCACAGCUGGCAGGAAAGGGAGGCAAAUAAUGAAUAAAGCAAUUGCUACAGUAAUUCUAAUUAAGCUACACCAAGGAAUGCACUGGAGAGCUCAAGCACUGUAUGAUCAAUUCUGAAGAGCUUAUUGCUGUGAGGGAGUCUCUGCAGUAGCCAAAUAGUGACUGGACAAUGAAGUUGUUCAAAGAUAAAUAAGUGAUGAGAAAACACCCUAGUGAGGGAAGAGCCCUAGCCCUUAGACCCUUUCAAAAUAUGCAAAUACAUUAGACUGAGUUCCCCAAAAUACAGAGAUGGAAAUAUCUUCUUGGAACAGUUGAUCACCGCACCCACUGGGAGCCUUUGCUAUCUCAACUGCAACUACCUCCAAAGUGGCUAAGAUGCUAUUAGAACAAAUCAUUCCUAGAUAUGGAAUAACUGAAAGAAUGGAUUCAAGUAAGGGAACACACUUGACUUCAAAAAUUUUACGUUCUAUGUGUGGUAUUAGACAUAAAUUGGAAAUUCCAUACCCCGUGGCACCCUCAAAGCUCUGGAUGUGUGGAGAGAAUGAAUGCUGUCCUUAAGAACCAUAUUACCAAAUUAAUGAUUGAAACCAAAUUAGCAUUAUUACGGAUCAGAACUGCUCCAAGAAAGGACAUAGGAAUUUCUCCCAAUGAAAUAUUACUUGGGUUACCUAAUCUGGGAAGGUAGAGCUGAAACUAAUGACUUCCAUCUCAGAAAUUAUUGCAGGCAAUUACAGCUGGUGCUUUGAAGAGUUGUUUUUUUCAUAAGAUGUUUACCAAAGGGUGUCUUCUUAAUUAGCAGAUGGUGUGACAAGCUGUUGAUUAAAAGACCAAUCAGGUCCACCUCUAUCAGAAUGGUGUAUAAAAGAAUGCAUUUCUAAUAAACUCAGAUAUUAGCUAUGCACUAAGAACCAGAGGAAGUAGCCUCACAUUGAGAGGAAAUUCAGGUUAGAUUUUAGAAAAAAAAAUUUCACUGUUCAGGUGUUCAGGCCUGGGAACAGGUUGGCCAGAGAGGGGGUGGAGUUGCCAUCCCUGGAGCUGUUAAAGAGGCCUCUGGAUCUGACCCUGGGAAAUGGUUUAGUGGUUUAGCGUUUGCAGUGUCAGUGCUGGGCUGACGUUGAACUGACGGUUUUAAAGAUCUCUUUCACCCCUGCCGGUUCUACAACUCCAAGCGCUUCCCGCCCGCCUGAGGGGAAGGCUCAGGGCUGUCCCGAGUCCAGGGCCGGCCGCGCCUGAGGGGCUCGGGCGGCGCUGCGGCU